GCACUAUCAAAGCUUCUCAACAGCCUCAACUACACUUGCAUAGUUUUCAUCGAACCCUCAGUCAUAUUUACAUACACCUUCUCUGCACAACACAUUCACCACAUUGCGCAGCGCAAGAAAGGAUUUUUUUCUCUCCCACAGCAUUACAAGAGAGCAUCCUCUAACUUAGAAGGACAUGGCUGCGGCAGCAACUCGUAUCACGCAACUUGUGGUUGCAAAACCCUGCAUUUCUGCUUCCCACCAGAGUUCUAGAUCGAGCAUAGCAUGCUUUGGCAAUGAAACCAAAGGAGCGUCUUGGACAAAGCUUAGGAGUUCAACGUUUUUAUCUGCCACACAGACCUUCUAUAAGAACUGCCACAGCAAUGCUUCGAAGUCCGAAAGGCAUGCUGUAAAAGCAAUGGCUGCUGGAGGUGAUAAACAAACUUUGCCGGGAUUGCCCAUUGAUCUGAGAGGUAAGAGGGCAUUUAUUGCCGGUAUAGCUGAUGAUAAUGGGUAUGGAUGGGCGAUUGCAAAAUCUCUUGCUGCUGCAGGUGCUGAAAUUCUUGUUGGGACAUGGGUUCCAGCCCUAAAUAUCUUUGAGACCAGUCUACGACGAGGAAAGUUUGAUGAGUCACGCUUGCUGCCGGAUGGUUCUUUGAUGGAAAUUACUAAAGUCUACCCAUUGGAUGCAGUUUUUGACUCUCCUGAGGAUGUUCCAGAAGACAUCAAAACAAAUAAGCGCUACGCUGGCUCUUCUAAUUGGACUGUGAAGGAAGUUGCUGAAUCAGUGAAACAGGAUUUUGGGUCCAUUGAUAUUCUUGUGCAUUCACUUGCCAACGGCCCGGAGGUUACUAAGCCUCUUCUUGAAACAUCAAGAAACGGUUAUCUUGCAGCCAUAUCUGCAUCGAGCUAUUCCUUUGUUUCCCUUCUCAAACAUUUUCUGCCCAUCAUCAAUCCAGGUGGUGCCACGAUUUCUUUGACUUACAUUGCAUCCGAGAGGAUAAUACCAGGAUAUGGUGGUGGCAUGAGCUCUGCAAAGGCUGCUCUUGAGAGUGACACACAAGUACUUGCUUUUGAAGCUGGGCGAAAACACGGCGUGAGAGUCAACACCAUAUCCGCAGGCCCGUUAGGAAGCAGGGCUGCAAAAGCCAUCGGCUUUAUUGACAUGAUGAUCAACUACUCAUUAGAGAACGCGCCCUUGCAGAAGGAGCUUACUGCCGAUGAGGUGGGAAACACUGCUGCUUUUCUGUCUUCUCCUCUGGCAUCGGCCAUCACUGGAGCUGUUGUCUAUGUCGACAAUGGACUUAACGCGAUGGGAGUUGGAGUCGACAGCCCCGUCUUCCGGGAUCUUGAUAUUCCAAGAGCCCCAAAGCAUUGAGGAGAGAGCUUUAUUUAGCAGGGCGACAUUAAAAAGACUUGAUUUUUAGUUUUGAUAUUCAAAUAACCCAUAGAGGCUUGCUUUAUCUUGCCCGUUUGUGUUGAGAGAGCCAGAGAGAGAGAUGCUUGUUUUUUAUUCAUCAGGAUGUACAAUUUUUGGUGUGCUUUUCUUAAGGUUUCUUCAACUGUGACGUGUAGAGAAGUCAAUCAUGCCAAUCCAGUCGGGUUGUUGGGCUA